UGUUGGUUCACCCUGGAGUGGAUAUCCAAUAAAUAGAGCGGGCGAUAUCUAUAAGUGUGCCAUUCAUCAGCAAGGAACCCAAUGUUCAAAGAUGAACUUGCAAGCUUUUGCAAGCAUCCCAAAUGUUACUGAGAUAAAGAAGGAUAUGAAUUUAGGAUUAACUCUAAUAAGAAACUCAAGAACUAGAGGAUUUUUGACAUGUGGUCCUUUAUGGGCACAGCAGUGUGGAAGCCAGUACUACACAACAGGAAUCUGUUUGGAACUCAGUCCAAGCUUCCAGGUCAUAAGGCGUUUUUCACCGGCUGUGCAAAAAUGUUCUUCAGCGAUAGAUGUUGUGGUCGUAUGUGAUGAAUCAAACAGUAUUUAUCCUUGGGAUGCUGUGAAAGCAUUUUUGGAAAAAUUUGCCCAAAGUUUAGAUAUAGGCCCCACAAAAACUCAGGUAGGCUUAAUUCAGUAUGGUAAUGAUCCAAGAGUGGUGUUCAAUCUGAAUACAUACCACAAUAAAGAAGAUGUCGUAGAAGCAAUGACGCAGACUGAUCAGAAGGGAGGGGACUAUACAAAUACAUUCAAAGCAAUUGAAUAUGCCAGACGUUACGCUUUCUCAAGAGAAUCUGGAGGGCGACCAAGAGCCUCCAAAGUCAUGGUUGUUGUGACAGAUGGUGAGUCACAUGAUGGGUCAAAAUUGCAAGAAGUGAUAGCUAAAUGCAAUGAGGACAAUAUCACUAGAUUUGGCAUAGCAGUAUUGGGCUAUUUAAUUAGAAAUGUAAUGGAUACUAAAAAUUUGAUCAAGGAAAUUCAGGGUAUUGCCAGCCUUCCUACAUCAAGAUAUUUCUUUAAUGUGUCUUCUGAGGCUGCACUUUUAGAUGAAGCAGGGACACUGGGAGAGAGAAUUUUCAGCAUAGAAGGUACUGAUCAGGGUGAUUUAUUCCAGCUGGAAAUGUCACAAGUGGGUUUCAGUGCUUCUGAUUCACAACAAAAGGGGGUUCUGACAUUGGGUGCUGUUGGGGCCUAUGAAUGGACGGGCACCGUGGUCCAAGAGACAGAAAAACGAGUUACUAUAUUUCCUAGUCAAGCAUUUGAAAAAGUUUUGCAAGACAGAAAUCAGAGCUCCUAUUUAGGUUACUCUGUUGCUAUUCUCUCCAUGGAAAGCACCCUCUAUUUCGUUGCCGGUGCUCCACGAUCCAACUAUACUGGCCGGGUAGUAGUUUAUAGGGUCGAUGACCAUGGCAAUAUAAUUGUUGUUCACACUCAAACCGGAGAGCAGAUUGGCUCCUACUUCGGCAGUGUGCUAUGUUCAGUGGAUAUUAAUGGAGACACAGUAACAGAUGUGCUCUUGGUUGGUGCACCAAUGUUCAUGAAUGAUUUUAAAAAAGAAGAAGGGAAAGUCUACAUGUUUUCUGUCCAAAAUGGUAUUUUGGGCAAACAAGAACUUCUAAAAGGGCCUGAAGGUUUAGAAAAUGCUCGUUAUGGAUCUGCAAUUACUGCAGUUUCAGACAUAGACCUUGAUGGCUUUAACGAUGUGAUAGUUGGAGCACCAUUAGAAAACCAGAACGCUGGUGCAAUCUACAUAUACAAUGGUAAACAAAGAACAAUACAAACAAAGUAUUCUCAGAAAAUUUUAGGAUCAGACCCUGCAUUUGGCCAGAAACUUCAGCAUUUUGGAAUAUCAAUAGAUGGCCGUAGUGAUUUAAAUGAUGAUGGAAUAACAGAUGUAUCUGUGGGCUCUAGUGGAAAGGUGAUUCAGCUGUGGUCUCAGAGUAUAGCAGAUUUAUCUAUAAAUGUGUCAUCUACACCAAAGAAGAUCAGCCUACUAAACAAGAAUACAGAGGUAGUUCUCCAUCUCUGCUUCACUGCAACCUUUAGACCUCCCAAGGGAAGUGAUCAAGUGGAUAUCAGAUACAACCUGACACUGGAUGCUGAUCUCUUAUCCUCUCGAGUGACCUCAAGAGGAUUAUUUAAAGAAAACAACGAGAGGCAUCUGCAGAAUGAUUUUGUUGUCCGUGCCAAGGAAAACUGUACGAAUCUUGUUUUUAAUGUCCAGGAACCUUCUGAUGCUGUUGACUCCAUUAGUGUACGUGUGGAUACCAUGCUCAGACAUCCUGGUUCAAGUCCUGUUCUUAAUAAGACUUCUGCAACUGUUAUUUAUACUAUACCGUUUAUUAAAGAUUGUGGUGGGGAUGAGGUUUGCAGUAGCGAUCUUGUACUUGAAGUUCAGCAAAAAACACAUAAUGGCAAACAACCUUUUAUUGUCAGCACUAAGAACAAAAGAUUGAUAUUCGGUGUGAGAUUGAGAAACAAGAAUGAAAAUGCAUACAACACCAGAAUUCAAAUUGCUUUUUCUGAAAACUUGUUUUUCGCUUCAUCUUCUUCGCCUGUCGAUGGAACUGAUGUUUCUUGUCAAAUGACCCCUGCCCAACAAUUUGUUAUCUGCCAGAUCAGCUAUCCUGUUUUUAAACAAGGACAGCAGGUAGCUUUUGACAUUAAUUUUGACAUUAAUUUGAAAAAUCUUCAGAAUCUGGCACUAUUGAGUUUUCAAGCUUUGAGUGCCAGCAACGAAGCGGAUAAUACAAACAAUCAAGUCAACUUAACAGUUCCUCUUCGUUAUGAUGCAGACCUUCAUUUAACAAGGUUUACCAGUAUGAAUUUCUAUGAAGUUUAUUCUGAUCAUAAAGUUCCUUCCAUGGUGAACAGUUUUGAUGACAUUGGACCUGAAUUCAAUUUUUCUGUUAAGGUGACAAGAGGAAGUAUCCUAGUAAACAUGGCAUCUUUAAAAAUCCAUAUUCCAAACCACACUGAGGGGAACAAUCUAUUGAUGUAUGUGACUGCAGUGCACACUAAUCAGGAUGGUGAUAUCAGCUGUGCUGCACAGAUCAAUCCAUAUAAAAUAGGACAACAAGGCUAUGCAGCGUCAUUUAGAAAAGAAAACUUCAAGUCUUUCAAAGAAUUGAACUGUAAGAAUGUCCAAUGUGACACAAUUACAUGCAAGUUAAAAGACAUGCUGAAAGCCGAGUAUUAUGUUAAUGUUUCUACCAGAAUCUGGAAUGGGACAUUUGCCGCUUCACACUUCCAGACGUUACAGCUGUCUGCAAGUGCGGAAAUUGAUACACAGAACACAGAUCUGUUUGCAACUGGAGAUAAUUAUUUAUCAAUUCCAAUCACAAUAAUAAAACCUGAUGAAAAAGCAGAAGUACCCAUUGGAAUUGUGAUAGGAAGUGUGUUGGUGGGUCUUCUCUUGCUAGUGGCGCUGGUUGCUGCCUUGUGGAAACUUGGUUUCUUCAAGAGCAAAUAUCAAAAAAUGGGAAAGGAUGUGGAAGAUGUGGAUGAAAUUACAGAACUCACCAAGGACAAAGAAUGAAUAUCACAAUUAUGGUCCUACGUGCAAGCAGCCUCCUGAGCCACAAGCAGCACCUACAAUCACCUGAGACGACCACUCUGAGUGCCUUACGGGUUGUUUUGACAUUCCCCUUUUGUCUC